AGUUUAAUGUUAUAUUCCCCUAAAACUUUAUAUUAGCACAAAUUAUUCUCCUGACCAACAAGAACUUAGUACUAAUAAUAUUAUAUAAUGACUUUAUUAAAUCAAUAAUAAAAACAACAGUACCUCAUUUUCUCCUACUUUUUAUAUGCAUAUGUCCCCCACAAUUUGGCAGUUUGUUUGGGGGCUUUGCUUGUUUGGUUGUUUCUGUGAAUCAGUGGAAAAAAAAAAAACCACACUGAUUUUGAUCUUAUUUGCUUGCUUUUUGUGUGGGUUGUUUUGAGAGAAGAUAAUACCAUAAUAGUGAUGAAAAAUGGAAUCAAUGAGAUCGAAUGAAGGCAUUGAGCUAAAUCCCAAACAACACAAUUUCACAUGGAAUUUUGUGGGGAUCAGUUAUUAGUAAUAAUUUUUGGAUAGCAAAAUACUCAGAGCAAAAAUCAUAAAAUCUUGUUUUUAUUUUUACAUUUAAUUUUUUUGGGGUUUACCCAGAUCUCUAGGAUCUCAGAAUUUCAGGGUAUUCUUGUUCCUCACAAAAAAUUUAUGCUCAUCCUCUUUGUUGUGUUUUGGUGGGUUCUGAUUUUGAACCACUUUCUGACCUUAAACAGUGCAAAUUUUGCAAGCAUUGCUUGAAAUAGUUAGUUUUAAGCAUCUGGGUAUUUUUCAUUGAGCAGUAAAAAAGCUAAAAAUCCUAGCUUUUUGAGUAUUUUUCCCUCUGAAAAGAGUGGAGAGUGAGAAAGUAAGUUAGAAAGUGAAGUUACAGGAGCUUGAAACAGAGAAGGGGAAAGAGUUCUUUUCAUGGUAAUGAUGGUUUAGUUUCUGGGAUUCUCAUUUUGAGGCCACCUUUUUUGAGGGUAAAUAAAAAGUAGCUCUGGAUAAGCCCACUAGGGCAGGAAAUCCAAUUUUUCAGGAAAGUGAAAUUCAAUUUGUCAGAAAUGAAAUCUUUUUUGUUUCCAGUUGUUUAUAUUGCUAAGUGGGUUCUGCACAUUUGAAGCUAAUUCAUCUGAAUGUAAGAGCAUUUGUAAGAAAGAAAAAUGGGUUCUUUCCUUACCACAGUAGGAUUGCUUUUGUUCAUUUUGGUGGGUGCUGCUUCUGCAACUCUCUCACCUACUGGUGUUAACUAUGAAGUUGUAGCUUUAAUGGCCAUAAAAAAUGAACUGAAGGAUCCUUAUGAUGCUCUUGAGAAUUGGGACAUCAACUCUGUAGAUCCUUGCAGUUGGAGGAUGAUUACUUGCUCUUCAGAUGGCUAUGUUUCUGCCCUGGGACUCCCUAGUCAGAGUGUAUCUGGGAUGUUAUCUCCUGCAAUCCAGAACCUCACUAAGUUGGAAUCAGUGUUGCUGCAAAACAAUGCAAUAUCUGGUCAUAUUCCUGCUGAGAUUGGAAAGUUAGAAAUGCUUCAAACUUUAGAUCUUUCAAAUAAUGGGUUCACUGGAGAGAUUCCUAGUUCUAUAGGAAAUUUGAAGAAUCUUAAUUAUCUGCGACUUAAUAACAACAGCCUUACUGGACCUUGCCCUGAUUCUCUUUCGAAGAUUGAAGGUCUAACUCUUGUAGACCUUUCAUUCAACAACUUAAGUGGCUCCUUGCCGAAGAUAUCCACCAGAACCUUCAAGAUAAUCGGCAACCCUUUAAUUUGCGGAACAAGUUCCAGCACCAAUUGUUCGGUGGUAUCUCCUGAGCCACUUUCCUUUCCACCAGAUGCUCUUAGAGAUCAAUCAAACACUGGAGGAAAAAGUCACCAUGCUGCUGUAGCAAUUGGUGCAAGCUUUGGUGCUGCUCUUUUAACCAUAUGUGUCAUUGGGUUGGGCAUUUGGUGGUGUUAUGGCCGCAAGCGACAAAUUUUCUUUGAUGUGAACGAACCAUAUGACCCAGAGAUAUGUCUUGGCCAUUUGAAGAGGUAUAGUUUCAAAGAGUUGCGUUCUGCGACUGGCCAUUUUAGCUCAAAGAAUAUACUCGGAAGAGGUGGAUUUGGCAUAGUAUACAAGGGAUGCUUCAAUGAUGGAACACUGGUUGCAGUGAAAAGGUUGAAGGAUUAUAACGUAACUGCAGGAGAAAUUCAGUUUCAGACUGAAGUUGAGACUAUCAGUCUAGCUGUGCAUCGGAAUCUUCUCCGGCUUUGUGGUUUCUGUUCAACUGAGAAUGAAAGGCUUCUUGUCUAUCCAUACAUGCCAAAUGGUAGUGUGGCAUCUCGCCUAAAAGAUCACAUGCAUGGUAGACCUGUCUUAGACUGGUCAAGGCGUAGGAGCAUUGCUUUAGGGACAGCAAGGGGCCUGUUGUAUCUGCAUGAGCAGUGUGACCCUAAAAUUAUUCAUCGUGAUGUCAAGGCAGCCAAUAUUCUGCUUGAUGAAGACUUUGAGGCAGUCGUUGGCGACUUUGGGCUAGCAAAGUUGUUGGAUCACCGGGAAUCGCAUGUUACAACAGCAGUUCGUGGCACUAUUGGACAUAUUGCUCCAGAGUAUCUUUGCACUGGCCAGUCAUCCGAGAAAACUGAUGUCUUUGGGUAUGGAAUAUUACUCCUUGAGCUGAUCACCGGGCAAAAAGCCAUAGAUUUUGGCAGAGCAUCUAAUCAGAAAGGCGUCAUGCUUGAUUGGGUAAAGAAGUUGCAUACUGAGGGUAAGCUUAAUCAGUUAGUAGAUAAAGAUUUGAAGAACAAUUAUGACAGGGUGGAAUUAGGAGAAAUGGUACAGGUAGCUCUUUUGUGUACACAGUUUAAUCCUUUACAUCGUCCAAAAAUGUCAGACGUCCUAAGGAUGUUAGAAGAUGAUGGGUUGGCCGAGAAAUGGGAUGCUUCACAGAGAAGUGAAACUCCUAGGUCGAGAUCUAGUGAGCCACAACGAUACUCAGAUUACAUAGAGGAAUCUUCACUUGUGGUUGAAGCUAUGGAACUCUCUGGCCCAAGAUGACAGCGAUUUAGUAUUGUUCUAUGAUUUUGGCGCACGCGAUAUCAGCACCCCUUUAGAUUACGUAGUUAACCUGCUCUCCCGUCUCCCAUCUUCUUUCACUAAAGGUGAGAAGUUCUUGGGUGAGGAAGAAAAAGGAAUAUGAUUGAUGUCAAUAGAAUGUGAUUCAAUCUGUAUAAAGGCAUGUACAAGGUUUAGAAUUAGGUGGGUAAGGUUGUUGUUAUCUUUUUGGCCUAUGGAAAGAAAUUUUGAGGUUAUGUGGUGACAAGUUGUUGGGAAAUGUAAUUAUAUAUGAU